AUGCUAUGGGACACCUGUGGUUGAUAAAUCGGUUUGGACAUUUGAUGAGGCACCCAAGCAACCCUACUCUGGGCCUCUCCAACAUGGUCACCCUUCGAAUAGAAAGACAUCGCAACAGAUCCGUUGAACUGCGCAGUUCGUUGAGAGCGCCAUGCCGCCAAUGCCGACCAUGUCAAGGGGUGGUGACACUUGGUCCGAGUUCUGGGUCUUGCAGGGUGUUUCAGCAAGGACGGGUUUCAAGCUGGCAACGUCACCUCUGAGCGUGGACCCGGGCGAUGUAAAGAAUAUGGAUAUACUCCGUACGGGCACAGUGAAUUCAAUCGGUUGCUGUCGGAGAUCUUUCACCUCAAACAAAUACAGUGAUAGAAGCCUAAACAAAGCCCGAAGAAGUCCGUCAUUGACCAAGAACGCGCUGAGUCCGGCGUCGAUCCUCAGCUUCGUGUCUCGAGCACGCCCUGAACGCCAAGCCGAAACACCAUGCACGAGUGCCAAGCAGCAACGACUGGCUCGGCGUGGCCCAGGAAGUUCGUGGGUGACCUUAUUAACCGCUCGUCCACAUCCAAGCUGCCUACUUCUCUCCAAGACGCACAAGAUAUGUCCGCAGUCCGCCCUCAACAAGCCAUUCCGUCAAGAGGGAAAGGCCCAGCCGUGGGCGUGCCCGGAUACCGGGCUACUUGCAAUGGGGGGUUUUCAUAUCAGCACAUCUUCGGCACAACCACAGCCAUCGAGCCCAUCUUCCCCCGGGAGGAGGACGACAGGCGACUGAAUUGCAAUUUGACAUCCGUGCUUUCUCAUGACGGAACCCGCGGCAAAGACAAGGCAGGUG